AUGGGGUCGUCCAAGGUCUUUGCCGUUCAGGUCUUCUUCAUCGUUUUCCGUGAGUGCCUUGAGGCCUCCAUCAUCAUCUCAGUGUUGCUCUCCUUUCUGAAACAAAGUUUGGGCGAACCACACCAUGAUCACACCUUAUAUAAACGAUUAGUCCGACAAGUCUGGUACGGAUCAUUCGCAGGCAUACUCAUCUGUCUCAUUAUUGGAGGCGCCUUUGUGGGCGUCUUUUACGGGCUCGGCCAUAACAUCUGGACGAACGCGGAGAAGCUAUGGGAGGGUAUAUUCUACCUGAUUGCGUGCAUCAUUGUCACCGCGAUGGGACUGGCUCUUUUACGCAUCAACAAGAGCAAGGAGCAGUGGCGUAUUAAGAUUGCCAAGUCGUUGGUCGAACAGAGCAAGAAUACGAAAAAGUCCAGAUUGUUUGGCAAUUGGGCACGGCGUUAUGCCAUGUUCUUGCUCCCGUUCAUCACCACUCUGCGAGAGGGCGUUGAGGGCGUUGUUUUUGUUAGUGGUGUCUCGCUGGGCUACCCGGCUACUGCGUUCCCGUUGCCCGUCGUGACAGGCAUCAUUGCGGGAUUGGGGUGCGGCUUUUUGAUCUAUCGCGGUGGUAACGCCAUGUCUAUCCAGCUUUUCCUCAUCGCCUCGACAUGUGUUCUUUACUUGAUUGCUGCCGGCAUGUUCUCCAAAGUGGUUUGGGAUCUUCAGUAUUAUAGCUUCCAGAAGGCUGUGGGCUCCGACGUUGCCGAGGCAGGAAGUGGUCCAGGAUCAUACAACAUUCUCGAAACUGUUUGGCACGUCAACUGCUGCAACGCAGAGACGGACAAUGGCUGGGAUGUGUUCAACUCUAUUCUGGGAUGGGAGAAUACGGGUACCUACGGGUCGGUCAUUGCGUAUAACGUGUACUGGAUCUUUAUCAUGCUUACUGUCGGAUACAUGCUAUGGGAGGAACGGUCGGGCAAGCGUUCGCUCCGUGAGCGUAUCCUUAUGGUAUUGGUCAAGGUGCCUGGCUUGAAGGGAUAUGCCAAGGCAAAGCUCGAUGUGCUGCAAGAGAAUCCAGAGGAUAUUCACUACGAUGGCUGCUUCCCAGUCACUGCUUUGAAAGAGAUCUAUAUCGACUCUUCAGAGUAUCUUCUCAAAGGCCAAGGACCUUAUGUCUCUGUGAUCGAUGUCACAAGCGGGGAGACUAUACACAAACUCAGGGUUUUCAGACGAAACAAUGUCCACGGAUUCAUGAUUGAUGAGCUGCGAUGCAAAGAGCAAGAUACUAUUAGUGUGCUCGCAUGGGGCGGGCCUUCCUUGCGAGCUAUUCAGAUACAGCAAGAUGAGAAACUUCGACUUCGGAUCGUUUGCAGGACGCUUGAGCAUGCUGCUCCCGACUGGAUAUAUGAUAUCUGUCCAGCGCAUAUUGAAGAUAAUUCGAGUCUGGCUUACUUGAUCACGGGCCACAACUCUGUGUUGUCUAUCAAGUUGAAGGAAGUCAAAGAUUCAAAGUACUUCAACGCUAUACAAUUGAGACGCUUGAUCAGUGGUGUCAAGUCUACACUCUAUUCUGCCGAUAUAGUGGUCCUCUCCUCUUCCCAUAUCCUCAUAGCAGCUGGUACCGUCUUCGGUGAGAUUAUCGUCUGGUCUUGUUUCAGAGGCACAGAUGCAAAUACGCCUAUUGUGACAUCUUCAAUUCACCACUUUUUCACCGGCCAUGACGGCUCAAUCUUCGGAGUCAGCAUUUCCGACGAACUACGACUAACCAAAGCUGGGAAAGAGCAUCGAGUGAGGCUUCUCGCAAGCUGCAGUGAUGAUCGUACGGUGCGAAUUUGGGAUAUUUCUGAUUGCACCCAUACCACUGCCACGGAUCGCGCGGCAUACGUGACGGAUGGGUUUGACUUGCGGAGCACAGGCUUCGGAAGUACUGCACCCCAGAACAUAUCAAGUGGCUCGGAGUCAGCUGUUGCCAAGGGCUGGGGUCAUAGCUCUCGUGUAUGGGGUGUUUACUUUCUACCUGUCAGAGGAGACUGCACAACAACGGUCAAUCUCAUCUCGAAGGGCGAGGAUGCUACAAGCCAAUUGUGGCGGCUGGACUCAACAUAUUCAAAAUCGGAUGAAAGUCUUCAAUACGAGUUGAGCAAUAUCUCGUCUCUAAGUCAGCAUGCAGGGAAGCAUAUUUGGUCAUUAGCGUUUUCUAAAGGAGAUGGCGAUUCACAGUUACUAUACACGGGUGGUAAUGACGGUGCAGUCAGGACAUACGAGUUGACUCAUAUAGAGAGGUCUGACGAUAAGAAAAAAUUACCUACCGAGUUAUCGCCUUACUGUCCGCGGACGUUACUGAAAGCGGAAUACUCCAAGGUCGACACUGGCAGUAUUGCGCCGCGAAGCUUUGAUUUCGUGUCGAAAGAUACUCUUGUCGUGGUUAAUGCAAGUGGUCUUGUACAGUUGGGGACUUUUACGAACGCUCCUGGCACAAUCAAACCGCAGGUACAGUGGGAAACGCUGUCAACAGAGGAGGACUUGCGCUCUCUUUCUACAAUAUCUUCCCUUCCAAGCUGUGGUCUUGCAGUAAUUGGUGGCUCAACAGGAACGUUGCGUCUAUACAACCAUUCCACCAAGCAAUUGACGGAUUUCGUACAAGUCCCUCGCCGUCCUGUGAAAAUUGUCAUGUUAGACGCCGAGGUCGAUGAUGUAACAGGCCUCCCACGAAGCUUCAAAUUCCUUGUGGGAUAUCCCCAGCAUGAAGAGGCACACUUAUUUAAUGUUGAAAUGACAGCAGACGGAUAUGAUGUGACAAAAACGAAUUUGGUAAUACCACCAUCAUUUGCAAUCGCUACGGCGUCUUACGUCUGCCAGGGCAAAUGCCUUGCUGUUGGUGGUAAAAUGGGCCAACUUCUGUUAUAUUGCCUAGACUCGGACAAAGAAAAGCUCGAGUACUCAUAUGCUAUGUGGCGAGCUCAUGGAAGAGAAUUUGUGAACUUUGUCCAAUCUAUGGAUGAUGAGACUUCCGAUACGGGAUAUGUUUUGACCGGUGGCGGAGAUGGCCAUUACUGCGUCUGGCGUUUAUACAUGCAGUCAGAUGGUGAUGGAAAAUGGAGUUUACAACAAAUCCACCGCUCAUCAGCGCCAUUAUCAAAAAUAGAAGGCGCUUAUUUCGAUGACCAAACUGGUCAAUUUAUUCUCUACGGUUUCCGGGGCGUUGCUUUUGUCCUGUGGAAUGAGACUACGCAGACUCAAAUCUUAACACUUGAUUGCGGUGGUGUCAAUCGAGUAUGGAAGUUCAUGCACAAUCCCGUCAACCUAGGAGCGGGUACGAUAGUCUGGAUCCAAGCACGAGCGUUGCACGCCGUUGUUGCGGAUUCAGUCCUACAUCGUCCUUUGCAAAUGGGCAGUCAUGGGCGCGAGCAAAAGACUUUAGCGGUAUCUAAAGCAGGCAACCAUGAAGGUCCACUUAUAGCUAGCGGGGGCGAAGAUACAAUGAUACGUAUUUCAGUGCCGUUGCCAAGAUCAAAAGACAAAAGCAGCACGUGGAACUCUGUGCAGUGUUUGCGUAUUAUGAGCGCCCACGUUAGUGGCUUGCAACAAAUCAAAUGGUCGGAUGACGGUCGAUUCUUGUUCUCGAGCGCCGGAAGAGAGGAAUUCAUGGCAUGGAGACUGCGAUCUGUGCCGAGAUUUGGUGCCUCAGCAUUGUUGGAAGCGGCAUGUCCACGAGAGGAGCUGGAUAUAGAGCUUCGCGUGACUAGUUUUGACGUGCUUCGUAUGGAGUCAUCGGCUGAUGAGGAUAAAUUUUUGAUGGCUCUUGUAUAUUCGAAUUCUACCAUCAAGAUAUUUUCCUAUAUAAGCUCGAUGGGCGCACAUACAUAUGAGCUCCUUGGAAGAGGGACCUAUUCCACGAACUGCUUAACGGAGGUCCAUUUCAUGGUUCGAGAGUCCAAAGUCUUCCUGGUUACAGGAGCCACGGAUGGAUAUAUCGCUGUCUGGCCUGUGGACUGGAUAACGCCCAAGGAAUCUGGGCGAUUCUCUGUGAACAUGACCUCCGACGUCCAACCACUGAAAUGGGAAUUGCAUCAUGCCGUCCAUACCAGCAGCAUAAAAACCUUGGAACACGAGGAAAUCCUUCCAGGUUACCAGAUGCUCCUAAGCGGCGGUGAUGAUAAUUCUUUAGCAGUCACGCUCGUCAAGCUGGAUGACGUUCGCGUAGUCAGCAGCGUAUGUGUUGCGAACGCGCAUGCAUCUGCGAUCACGGCAGUCAAAAUCUUGAGCUGUCGCACAGACACCGCUACCACGAUAGAAGUCGCAUCGUCAGGUAACGAUCAGCGAGUUAAGUUGUGGUCUGUUGUUGUUGAUCUAGAGAAUACUCGGUCGCAAGUGCUUCGCAUUUCGCUGCAGACAGAUCGGUACAGUCCUGUGGCGGAUAUUGCAGCAAUGGAUGACAUGGAAAUUAUCGAUACUGCGGGCACUACGAGGAGGGUGUUGGUUCUGGGAGGUGUUGGGAUGGAGAUAUUGACCAUCUAG